AUGUUCUUCGCAACCUUCGCCAACCUCUUAUCUUCGAUUCCAACUUUCCUCUUCCCCGUAUUCGCAUCCUAUAAAGCUCUCAAGACCUCUGAUCCUGCGCUACUGGCACCAUGGCUCAUGUACUGGGUUGUACUCGCAUGCGCCCUCUUCUUUGAAUCAUGGACAGGGUUCAUUCUCGUCUGGGUUCCCUUCUAUGCCUGGAUCAGAUUAGGAUUCCUUCUCUACCUUAUCUUACCACAAACACAAGGCGCUAAAGUCCUCUAUCAAUCACACGUUCACCCAUGGCUACAAACAAAUGAACGGUCAAUCGACGACUUCAUAUCCUCGGCACACGACCGCGCCAAAGCAGCAGGAUACACAUACCUCAAACAGGCCGUCGAGCUCAUCAAGCAAAAUCUGCUUGGUUGGCCUCCCAAAGAGCCUACUCCACCAUCCACACCCUCAACCUUCAGCUACGCCCAAAGCCUGAUUGCCCGCUUCAACCUCCCCUCCGCACGACCAUCAAUGCCUGCCACAAGCACUGCGACUGAUUUCUAUUCUCUCCUAGCAUCCGCCGUCAGCGCAGCUACAUCUCGAGACCCAGCCUCUGCUAGUUCACAACCACGAGACCUCUCCAACUCUGGCACGCUUAUCCCUCCCACCGUCAGUGGCGAGGAGCGCCUUUCGUUUAUUUCCGCCCAACGCGAGCGCCUCGCAAUUCUCCUCUCCGCCUUAGAUAAAGAAGCCAGUAGCCUACAAGGCCAAUCCGUCAAGCCCUCUACACCCCGCCAAGUACCAAGUAUGUUCUUCGACGGUAGCAGUGGUAGCGAGGAGGAAGAGCGGCCAGUCAGCUCCACAAGUGGUGAUGGCCUGACUACCCGGAAGAGCGAAGGAGAUUUCGAGAAAAUCGAAGCUGAAUCCGGAGCUGAAGAGGCCGAGAAUACGCGCAGACGACAAAUUAAGCGAAGCAGUGGAAGUGCCAGUUGGAUGCCGUGGAGCUGGGGAGCGAAAACAGACGGUUCAGCUGAUACUGAAAUGAGCGGACCGCAUAAUGUUGAGGGAAAGAGUUCAGGCGUUGAUACUUAA